AUGGCACCAGAAACGGAUGCAAGCUGUGAUGCUUCUGCUCCGCAUGCCAGUGAUCUGGAGGGCGACAUGUUCUCGCCACGGCAAUGUCCGUCGCUGCAUGAGCUUGGCCUUUCGCAGCACUUGGUCCGGGCUAUCAGGAGCCUGUACGACAACACUGGUUCGUUGGAAAAGCGUCGGUGGUUGACGCGGCCAGUCCGACAGUACCGUACAACCCUUGGCGCGAAGGGCAGCGAUGCCUUCGCUGGAGAGAGCUUGACCGAAAGUUCAUUCGAUGGUCAACUGGAGAAUGUUGAAGCCCGAAGGCCAUCUACACCGGUUGGCGGCUGUGUCAGCCGGUCUCGGCCCUCCUCGGCAUUUCGAGUUGGGGGUCCACCUGGGGUGGCUUCGAGGCCUGCUUCAGCAAACAAGGUGUCGCGAGGAAUGGGACCUCGCCUGUGGGCGCCAGGUGCACCAUAUGAUUCGUGCCGAUCGCGACGACCAUGGUCUGCACGCAGUAGCCAGACUUCGGCUACUAGUCUGGGUGGGUCAACCAAGGGGCUUGCUCAGUAUAUGCCCGAAGGACAGGAGCCUUGUGGUGCAUGCGACUGCACUGUCGAUUCCACCUGCUUCAAUUGCAUGUGCUCCAUGGCGGAGCCGCCUCUUCUCCGAAGACAGGGGAGGAGACCCAGCGAUUUGCUUCUCAUGCAUCGUUCUGCGAGUGCAAGGCGUCGGCCUGCCUCUCGGCCCGCCGGUGUGACACAGGCAGACGAGCUGCAACCAGGUCGUGAUGUACAAGCUCGCCAGAUGAAGCAGGCUCGCAUUCGCGACUGGUUGGCCAGGAAGGAAGCUGAGCUCGAGGUAAGACGUCGGCAAAGACAGGACGAGGAGAUGUUGCAGCAGCAGAAGAAACAGAUGGAGGUGUCGCAGAAGGACAGACAGGAGGCAGAGCUGCAGCGCCAGCGCAGUGGUCGUCUCCGGUUUGCUGCGCGACGUCGCCAGGAGAUGGACCUGGAGCUUCAACAGCACCGAGCUUGCCCUCUGUCUGCCCGUGAGCCGCGUGAGAACCGAGAUUUCCAGGCAGUGAAAGGCCGUACACUGGCUGCGUACGCAACGCCUCGACCUGGAUCGCAGAGAAGGGAACGGCCUGGCAGCGCCCCUCGCUGCACGGCAAUCUUCAGGCCAGUUGGCUACGUCGAAGACCGACGCAGCGAGUUGGACCAUGGAGGUGAUCUUGCUGGGCAGCGAGGGCCUGCCCGAGGGCUCGGUCCUGUCAUUGAAGUGGGGCGACUUGAAGCGACAAGCGCCUGUGUCCCAAACAGGGCAGCACUUUCGCUUCAACGAUUCGCCAGCGCAGCCGCUGCAAAUGAAGGUGGAGGUGCUGACCCCGCUGGCGCCUGCCCAGAUGGAAACCUUCGAGGUUGCUUUUGA